UGGCCUUUGCUUUGUUUACGCAGACGAUUUUGUGAAACUUGUAAUAAAUUGAUAAAAAUAAGAAUAUAAAAUGGCAUCAGCAUCUAGUUCAAGCGCUCGUCAUUUGUUUGAUGAUUCCAAGAAACGCCUGUGCGCUCGAGUUGGUGUAAAUGUGAACAAUUUGGGCUCUGUAGCCAGGCAAGUGGUGCGAGGCUCCAAGACCAAUGAGAUUAUGCAUCAGACGCUAAAGAACUUUACGCAAGUGGACGUGGUAUCCGAUUACAGCAACCAAAACCUGCAAAAGAUGACGCUCAUCCUACAGCACGUCGGYUAUCAGUAYGACGUGAUGCARGAYAGUGUCAAUCAUUUGGAUUACCUCAAGGAGCAGGUGACGGCCAUGGAAAGAUGAUUGGAAGAGCAA